AUGAGUGCUAGGCCAAAGAACACAAUUAUUGUGGUCGUCUUUUCUGCACUUGUUCUUCUCCUUGUCACCACAGUUAUUCUCGCAUUCUGGAAUACCACGGCCCUCGAGGAAGACAUAGAAGAAUACUCCGAUUUAAGAGAUAUAGCUUGUUCGAAGACGAAGGGGAAAAUAAAUUUGGUUUCCGGAGUUAAAUUAUUAAUAAAGAAGGAGAGAAAUGAAAUAGAACAAAAAGUGAUCGAAGCGUUCGCCGAGGACCAGAAACUCGUUGCGAUCAAAAAAGUCGACAAGGCAAAGGCUGGGAAUGCGGAGGUGAUUCUUCUUGAGCGCGAGGUUCAAAUCCUUAAAACAAUCGGACACGCGUACAUUAUCGAGCUGCUCCACGUUUUGGAAACGAGCUCGACGAUGUAUCUAGUGCAAGAGAAGUGCGACACGCACCUUGGAAACUACUUGAAUCAACAAGACGACAAAAAGCUGCCAGAAACCCAAUGUCAGAAUAUCAUCCGCCAGGCAGCUGAAGCCUUGUACUAUCUGCACAAGAAAGGGAUCAUCCACCGAGACCUCAAGUGUGAGAAUAUCCUUGUCGUACGCUCUCCACAAAGUCAGUUCGAUAUCGAGAUUAGAAUAACAGACUUUGGAUUGGCAGUUAUAUCUGGCCAGGAAUUUCAAGAGUCGACAUGUGGAACUCCGCUCUACAUGGCUCCAGAAAUUUUGCUCCGUCACUCGUACUCGCUGCAGUGUGACAUUUGGAGUUUAGGGAUAAUUUCGUAUAGAAUUAUGACCGGAUGUUUUCCGUUUCCGAACGCGGUGACGGAAGUCGAUUUGAUAGAACGCAUCAAAGUGGCGAAUUUCGACUACAGCAGCAGCAAGUUCGUAGGCUAUUCCCAAAAAGCCAUCGACCUGGUUCAAAAUAUGCUGAAGGUCGACCCAGCCACCAGAAUCGCUGCUGGAGAAAUAUCAAAGAGCGCUUGGGUCCAAGGUCGUGAAGACAAAGACAUGCCUAACGUUAUUGAUCUGAUGCGUGAAUUUCACGCGCAGGAAUCUGACGAAGACUAG